AUGGCUGCUUGGCCAAUCUUAUGCACCAAUGGAUAUUUCCCAUCUGAUUCCGCAUUAAAUAGUACUUCUAAGGUACUUGGAAAGAUUGGGUUUCCAGUAGUCGUUGACAUUAAUCCCACAGUGAUCAAAGUAUUAAAAGAAUCGAAGCGCAAUUAUCAUGUUUACUCUUCAAAGAUAGUCAAAACGUAUCUUCAACAAAAUCAGUCUAGAUUGCAGGAAUUGUCUCGCGAAGAAACUCUAGAUCUGCUCAGUUAUGUAUUUCAGGAUGGGGAUACCGAAGGAUUGGAGGGACUUCGGAUGAUUCCAUUAGCGGACAGAACGUGGGGAGCUAUCUCAAAAACUGGAAAAGACAUUGUAUACAUUUGUUCUGACAAGAAAGCAAUUGAAUGUGAACGCAAAAUUUUCACCAAAGACUCGAAAAAAUUUAUUGACAGUUCCAUCCCAGAUGAUUUAUGGAACCUUUUAUAUAAGGGAGCGGAAAAGGAGUGGAAUAUUAAUAUAAAGAAAUUGACCACAUCAGCAGUAGCUAAUUUGAUAAGGGAGAACCUAGAAGGAUAUUGUGCCACCUCUGACGAGAUCGAAUUGAAGGACCAGCGUGAUUGGGUUUACUUGAUUUGGGAUAGCUUUGUGAAAAGAGAGUACGAGCUAAAAGAUUUCGAAACCUUGCAUCUUAUCCCGACACACCGGGGAACUUUACGAAAAAUAAAAACCAAUGAAAAAUGCAUUUGGAAUAUCCUUGAUAAUGAACUCGACAACAAAGUCCAACCGCUUAUAGGAAAGUUUGGUGUCGCAUUUGUGGAUAAAGAUUUUGAGAAACGUUAUGGGAAUACUUUGCAAAAAUUAUCUUCCUACGUCGUUAAUAUUGCCGAAUUGCCGUCGGUUCUAUUAUGUUUGCAUAAGUCGACAUCUUAUCCAAGAAAUUUGGAAAUUUGUUUGCAAACUAAAGAUGCUCUGGAAAUAAUCGAUUACUUAAACGCACACCUUCAAACCAACGGCGAUUCCAAACUUUCCGACGUCGCAAUUGAUGUGAUGAAGAAACUUCCAAUUUUUUCGGAGAUCGGUCAUGAAGGACUGACUUCGCUCCACAAGAAGGAAAAGUGGGGUUUUCUUCCGAAAGAGGAGGAGGGUGACUAUGUUCACAUGAUGAUGUCUGACUCUAUCGGCUUUCUUGAUGCAAGUUCGAAUAGCAACGCUCGACAUAUUCUAGAAGACGUUAUUAAGAUUACAAGACUGACCCAAAUAGAUUACUGGAGGGAUUACGUGAUACCAAAUUUAACCUCGCAGUCCUCUUCAGUGUUCAACACUAUUGUAGAAAAAUUGUUUGAUCGUUUGAAAGUCCUUCUCCAAGCUGAUUCUGCUUUAAGCGUUAAACUAGGUCAACUUCAUUUUGUCACUGCUGGCACAUAUAAUAUGUUUAAAGAUCCUCCCGACUUUGGAGUACAUUUCGAACGCCGUGGACCCCGCCAUAGACCCAUGGACUUAUACAACCCCAACGACCAAGAAAUUGUUGAUCUGUUCUUUGAGGACGAAGAAGUUUUUCCGUGUGAAAACUUUUCGCAAAAGCUAAAAUCGCUUAUGAAAUUAGGUCUCAAAACCCAUCUUUUGCCGGAUGACAUUAUCAAACGUUUAAGGAAGUUUCAAGAUUACAAAAAUAAACCGGGUUUAUAUGAUACCGUGCACACUAAAGCAAUGAAACUUCUCAAAUAUAUCGACAACAAUUGGAAAAUUAUAUUUGAUAAGGAACCUGAAAACGUGCAACUUUUAUCUGAAAUUUUAGUUAGUGAAUGGAUUCCGACUGUCGACCAUUCUGGGAAAAAGCAUUUCACAAAACCUUCGGAAUGCGGAGAUUUGGGAAGGAAAGGUUUAAUUUGUUAUGUCGAACCCAUCCUCGAUUACAGAAUCAAACAUGAAGAAUUUCUUAAAUGUCUUGGGUGGGACAAAAAUCCAGAUAUCAAUGUCGUCCUUCGUCAACUUGAGGAGUGUUCUAAAAAAUCUUCAGAAAUCUCGAAUAUAUACGAGAUUUGCGAUGCAAUCUAUAAGCACAUGAAUGCAAUUGUAAUCGCGUCCGAUGAAGGAAAUGAAACCGACACGUUAAAAAAGAACCUCGGAGAUAUGAAAUGGAUCUUGGUUGAUAGGCAAUUCUAUUCGUCCAAAAAUGUUGUUUUCGACCUUUCGAAAGAUUUCGGGGGCAAAGACACAUUGGUAGUAGGACUUCCCGACGCAUAUAAAUGUAAAUAUGAAGAGUUGUUUAAAAGAAUGGGAGUCCGUUCAAAAAUUGGAAUUAGUGAUUAUAUCGAUAUAAUUAAGGUGUACGUUCAGGAUGAUCCCCGCGUUAAACUGUCUGUUAAUGAAAUAGAUAAAGUGGUGGGAUUAAUUGAUCAGAUUUCGAAGAUGUAUGCCGAAGAUAAGAGUUCCGCAGGGACAUUGCAAGAAUUACUCGUACCAACCACACAAGAAAUCCUCGUAAAUUUAAGCGACGUUCAGUAUGACGAUAUGGGCUCGAGGUCAACCGACGAAGAGAAGAAAAAUUAUCACAUCGCGCAUUCUUCCAUAUCGUUGAGUAUUGCAAAAAAGAUUAGAAUGAAAAUGUUGUCCGUGAAAGAAAUAAAUGGAGCCAAUGAUGGCUUUGAGCCAGAAUUUUUUGAGCAAAGUGAACCUUUGAUUAUUCGAAUUAGAAAUAUUAUUAAUGAUUACUUGCCUAAGUCCAUAUUCAAAGAAUUUCUGCAGAAUGCGGACGAUGCGGGAGCUCGAGUAUUUAAAUUAUAUAUCGACGAAAGAGACUUCAGAAAGAAGGAUCAAUCAAGCCUUCUAACCGAAGGAAUGCACCUCUGGCAAGGUCCCGCCUUAUGGAUUUACAAUGAUGCCGAAUUUAGCGAAGAUGAUUUCAAGUCACUACUUAAACUUGGAGGGGGUUUUAAAUUAUCGGAUAAAACGAAAAUUGGUCGUUUCGGAAUCGGGUUUAAUUCUGUGUUUAACUUCACCGAUCUUCCGAGCUUUGUAAGCGGUGAAUACAUCGCAUUUUUGGAUCCACAUUCUAAAUAUCUUCCCGAACUGGGGAACCCGCCAAGGAAUCCACUCGGAAAUCGGUACAACUUUGUAAAAUCCAAAUUUACGGAGAAGUGGUAUGGUCAAGCUGCACCAUAUAUAUCCGUGGAGGGAUGUGAUUUAACGAAAAGAUACAAUGGAACCUUGUUUAGAAUUCCACUAAGAAAUCACAAGAGCAAAAUAACCGACAAAAUAUUUGAUUCUAACGAUCUUUUAAAUUUAUUCAAAGAAAUCCAGGGAAACAGAGAGAUGCUGUUUUUGAGAAACAUUGAAAAAUGCAGUGUGCAUUAUUUGGAUGAAAAUCGGUCAAGGCCAAUUUGGGAAGCUAGUGUCAAUGAAAUGAACGAAACUAUAAGGAAUGCGCGUCGUUCGAUUACUGACGAGACAAGAAUAUUUCAAUUUAACGUUGAAAUGAAAAUAUCCAAUGAUGAGAUUGUAAGGGAAAGCCUUGAGCAUUGGCUUUUAUGCCUGGGAGGGAGCAAGCAAGUUAGGGAUGAACUGAAAAAAUUUUCCGAUACAAAAAAACCUAGAGGUGGCGUUGCGGCACUGAUUGCACAGAGGGGAGAAAACGACCAGAGGGGUGAAAUGUAUUCAUACUUAUCUCUCUCAAUAAGCAACGGUCUAAGUGUAAUGUUGAACGGAGAUUUUUUCCUGUCAAGCGAUCGAAGCAAUAUCCUACAUUCUGAAAGUGCCGAGCAUGAAGAAGAAAAAAAAUGGAACCGAUACAUAUUAUUGGAAGUUUUACCAUCAUUGCAUGCUAAUCUGCUCAAAGAAAUUGCGAAUGGCGACUCGUGGCGGUUUGAGAGUUUGCGUGAUAAUCAUAAUCGCAAUAAAAAGUUCACGCCACAUAUAACGACAAGGGAUUGGCCAAUUAAAUCGGCAUCAGGAAUUUAUCAAACAUUUGGGCUGACCGUACUUCAGGAGCUGGCUCGAAAUGAUUAUCGCGUAUUUUGGACCGAAGCAAAUGGCGGAAAAUUUAUUCCAUUUUCCAGUGCCGUCUUUGCGGAAUUGAAAAAAGGACUUACAAUCAUCCCUGAUCUUCUCACGCGGCAAAAUAUUCAGAUAGUUAAGGUAUCCGAAAACCAAUAUAAGCACCUCGAAGAACUUUCGAAGCAAAAAUCUAAGGAAUCAAAAGAAAAUCAUGGAUUUCUUCAAGAGCUUUCGAACAGCGUAUCUCCUCCAUACUUUAUUACUCCUGAUUUGGUGUGUAACACACUCCGCAAUACGGAGAAUACAUGGGAUUCAUAUAUAAAGUCCAGGGGUUAUAAAAAUGUGAAGAAAGUCAUUGAUGAUUUAUUAAAAUUUAUUCUCGAAGGCACAGAACCCCAGGAUACGAAAGGUCACGAAAAGUUAAUUGGAUUACCUCUGGUUCCUCUUUAUAAUGACACCGUAGGAACCUUUUGUAAAAUGGAAUAUUAUAUAGCGGACGAAGAGUAUCGAAAAUUAUUUAACAAGACAAAAUUAUCUCACUUUGUGAGAGAGCUGCCGUUCGAUAUCAAGAAUAAAAAUAUUUCCGAAUUAUUGAAAAUUUCCGAACUUGACGUGAAUGGUAUCCUUAACCUUUUCGAGAUGGAGUUUCCUAUGGUAGAACAAAUGAAGUGGGAUCCCUCUGGUGAAUCAUACCCAAAUAGACAGUGGCUUCACCUUAUUCUGGCAAAAUUUAGCAAAGAUUCUGAGUUUGAAUUCAAUAGGUUGGCCAGAUUUCCACUUCUUCCAGUGAUCCAUCCACAUGGAAAUCUCAUCCGGUUCGAUAAAUCUAUCCCUUUACUAUUUAAAGGAGAUCUUGAACAUUUUCUUAUUCAUCUGUUAAGUAAGCUGGGCGUUAGAUUUACUGAUUUAAAGUUAACCGACACCGCUCAUCCAACACUUAAGGAAUGUGUGAUGCAGCCGACUGCGGUGAAUAUAUUUAAAUCGAUGGAGUUGCACCCUCAGAAACCCAUGGAAGAGAUGUUCAGGCAAUUGAAUCCAAGCGAGAUUUCAGAGAUUCGAUCCUUCGUUAAAAGGUUUACAUUACAGACAAGAUCUAACGAAAAAGACAAAGAAUUAGAUUCGAAUAUUCUAAAAAUCAUUCAAUCCUUGCCAGUCUGGCCUAUACACUCUCAUGAUAAUUAUUUCAUUGCGGCCAAGAAUGGAUGUCUCAUCAAAUCUAAGCUUAAAUUAUUUUCGUUCGUGGGCAUGAAGGUUUUUAAAUUUGAGUCUGAUGAAGAUUACGACGCGCUUUCAUAUAUUAAAGCCAAGCCCAUAAACGAACUGGAAUAUAUUACACAUUAUUAUAAACACAUGAGUGUUGCGUAUAGUACAGGAUAUAUGAAAUUCUUGCAGAGCAUUCUUUUGCUGAGAGACAAUGGAAUAGAAAAGUUUCUUAAAGAUCGUGAAGUGAUCCCAAACAAAGAUUGCACGCUCGUCAAAGUCAGCACACUUUAUGAUGGGGAUGUGAAUUUGUUCAGUGAUAUUUUCAGAGACGCAGAUAAGUUUUUACAUGUCGAGCUUCAAGAAAAUAAAGAAAUCUUGGAUGCUCUAGGAAGGAUGGGACUCAAGCGCUGCAUUAACUCUCAAACAUUUAUUGAAUGCGCUCUCGAGAUUGAAAGCAAGUUUCACACCUCUCCAAAAAAAAUCAAACCACUAGCCCGAAAAUUAGCGGAGGAGUUGGUUUCACGUUACGAGAAAUUAUCUUUUGAUCGAGGACAAUGUGAAGAACUCUUGUCUAUAAAAUUUGUUCCCACCGAUACAUACCAUAAAGAACGUUUUGGUAUACGUUCGGAAGAAAUAGUCUCUCUGAAUUUGGGCUGCUUUUACAAAUAUAAUGAUUUGGUGUGGACACAAGUUCCAAUUUUUGACGAAUCACUUAAUGAUCUACCCAUCAAAGAAAUAUUACGAUCUCACUCUAAUCUAUGUGAGCCUAAACUAAAGGAUGUCAUUAAUCAUUGGGAAACAGUUGCAACAAAAAUCACUCGAGCUGAAGAUGUUGAUUGGGGAUAUUACAGAGAGAAAAGUCAUUUUCAGGAAAUGAUGAAGGAAAUUUACAAAUAUAUUAACUCGCGAAUCAAUCAAAACAAUCGAGACAAGGAAGAGAUCAAAUCAAAAAUACGUGGUAAAAAGUUAUUUUUAAACCGCGAUGACCCGUUCGAACCAGAAAGUUGGGUAUCAGGACCUAGUUUAAUCUUUGGUAACGACGGAGACUCCGGACCAGAUCAGCAGAAAGUCACUUCAUUUUUGGAAGAAUACAAAGAUCUGUUAAUAUUGGCAGGAGCCGAAGAAUUAAAAAACGUCGAGUCAGGAAUGGACCUAAAGGCGCAUGAUCAGGGAAAACAUGUAUUAGAUCAAUUGCUUAACUUUUUGAAGGAACGGGAAGAAACACCGCACGGUGAUGUUGCAUUCUGCUUCUCCAAUAAUGAAACAAUUUAUGCGAAUCGAUCUGCGUCACAGCACUUUAAAGACCUUUUCUGUAAUCACAAGAUUGAAGUUCCUAUAAAAGUCAAGGACUUUGAGCCCGACACAUUCCGAGCUCUUCUUCGUUGGCUCUACGGUCAACCCUUUGAAGAAGUAUUGAAAGAAAUGUCAAUCAAUAGAAACAUUACUUUCUUAAUUGAUUUAUUCAAGGCUUCAACUGAAUACAAAAUUGAUCAACUCAAAAAUAUUUUGGAAAAAGCUUUGGCAGACGAAUGUAACUAUAACUUGGUUAAUGUGAUAAAGAUUAUAAAGGGUGCGAAGUUAUGUGAUUCGCAACAAUUAGAAGAUCAUUGUUUGAGAUUUAUCAAAGAGAACAAGACAUUGAUGCAAAAGAGACUUAGAGUUCUGAUGGACGCUAGACAGUGGGAAGAGAUGGAAAUGUUGGAAAAGAUAUUAGAUGAAAUAAACAGGGGGCCCUAA